ACCGAAGUCGAUGUACAGACGUGGCAUUAUUAGUUUAACAAAUCCACGAGUGAUACUGUGGAGAGUGAAAUAUAUUGAGUACAACUUUAAAAAUGACUUAUAUUGUUAAUUUAAUAUUAACGCUAUCGAUUAUCGGUGCCAUACUGUUAGUUCCUUCAAACGCGGAGGUAGAAGAACAUGAAAAUGGAAUUGAAACUCCAAGUAAUAAUGAACCAAAAGCAAAUUCAGCUCACUUACUAAUCAAUCCACACGCUCCUUUUUAUUAUUUAUCAAUGGAAUCAGGCACAUUAAAGGUUGAAAAGAAAACAGACGUCUAUGAAAAGUUCUAUUUAGAUGCUAUUAAUUACUACAAGAAUGCGGCUCACGAUGAUAAUGAUCGAAUGUAUAUAAAAUUAUUAAUGUUCGUCGAAAAUUACGAUAUGGACUGGAGAGAAAAAGCAAAUGCAUUCCAACUUAAAUAUCUCUGGGAAGUCAUCAAUAAUUACAUGAAUGCAUUAUCUAAUGGAAAGAUCAUACCAACCAUCGUUGGAGUUGUUUCAUUAACAGAUAGAGACGUGUUAGACACUGAUGCUAUAAUGAGCCAACGCAAAAAUAGAAACUCUAGGCCAGCAAGUGGUUUAGAUGCACAAUAUAUUAUCAAGGAAAUAAGAAAAUUUUUGUAUAACAACAAAGCUACGUUCAACGAAACUGAGUAUGAUAUGUUUGUGUAUAUGACACGGUCGACUUUAUCAGUUAAAAAUAAGAGGAAAUUUGAGCCUGUACAAGGUUGGGCAGGAGGAAAAUUUUGUUUAUCUCAAAAUAAUGCUAACACUAUGCCUCCUGGUUUAAUUAUGGAAAAUUCAAUACAAUAUGGUUACGCAAAAAUCGCUCAAUUGCUUGCUAAAAGCAUUGGAAUUGAUUAUGAUGAUAAACUCGGAUGUCCAGAUGGUUUUAUUAUGGGUCUUCUUCAAAAUCUUCAAGCGCGUAAUUUAACUAAUCCCGAUGAUCAAGAGAAAUUUGAUUAUCAGUGGUCUGAAUGUUCAAAAUCUAAAUUGAAUACUGUUUUAAGCGAUACUAAAUUGGCGUGUCUUCACACAAAGCCUGCUUUUUUGGAUACAACACCAAAACCAGAGAGUUCAGAAACAGCUAAAUGAUGAAAUUAACUUGAAUUAAAGAAAGUCAUUGUAAAUUCUGCUUUGGUUUUCGAAUGAUGUUCAGAAAUAAUAAUCUGAUGUAUCUUAAUAAAAAAUAAAAAC